GGCGGGCACCGCAGUGCGUUGUCGUCGUUGCCGUCGUCGUCGUUGUUGUCGUCGCCAGUCGUAGCCAGCGAGGAGGUGCUCAGCCAGCCCGGGCCCAUAACCCAGCAGCACCCAGAACCCAGAAAAAAACAGUACCCCUAACUCAGAACCCGGCCAGAGUUGGUCUCGAAAAAAUAGCACUCGCUAAAGGUUGCGCGCGGGCCACGGAUGAUACAAUCGAUAUUGCAGCUCCCACAACGAUUUCCUCGCAUUUUCGCGCCACUUUUCAGCUCCGCAUUGAUAAAGGCAGCAGUGCCGCCAAAACACUGGACACCCCCAAAACACCGCAGUGCAUGUGAUAAUUUUCUAAAAGAAAAAGAAAAAAGUCGAGUAAAGAAACACAACACACAAGUGAUAAAGACGAAACUUAGAUAAAACGCUGGCAGGAACAAUCCCCGAAAAACAAAAAUUGAGAACGGAAUUUAAUGGUCUGCAAAACGAUCUCAACGGGUGUUACAAUGCAGCUUAAGAUGGAAGCGCAGACAACGCAGCAGCAGCAGCAACAAUUGCAACAGCAGCAGCAGCAGCAACAGCAGAACCUGACCAAGCAGCAGCUCCAGUUGCUGGACAAGAUCAAGCUAGAGGCCAGCAACGGAGCCGAGCAGCUCUCCCAGCAGACAGCCAGCGCACUGGAGGAUCAGCAGGAACAGCAACAGCAACAGCAGCAGCAGACUCCCACAUCAGUGGGUGUGGGCGUGGUGGUCCAGACCAGCCAGGCGGGCGUCAGCGAGCCGGAGGAACAGUACGUGGUGGUGCCUCGCAUCCAGAGGCGCAUUCUUACCACAGCGGGCACACUUGAAUUGAACGAAGCCCGCGAAGGAGAGCCAAGUAACAACGCCAGCAACGCCAGUUCGGGAUCUGCACCCGACAGCCACAUCGAGUUCCAGCGAGGUUCCCACCACUCUCCCGGGGCUACCCACUACGUCCAGAUGGCGCCCCGCAAUGCUGAGGUGCCGGAGCAGGUGACCACGGCAUCUGGAGCACCUGCGGGUACCCUGUACGCGUAUUCCACCGGUCCGAUCAUUUGCAGUGGAGACGAUGUAACGGCCAUCAAGAUCGAAACGAUUGAAAAGGGCGAGGUGACAAACGAGUCGCAGCAGCAACAACAACAGCAGCAGCAGCUCCAGCAGCAGCAACAACACCAGCAGCAACAGCAGCAGCAGUGCCCCACGCCCAACGGAGGCAGCUACGGCGAAGCCUUGGUGAUCAGCAGCGAAGCGGAGGCACUGCAGCAUCACCACCAUCAGCAGCAGCAGCAGCAGCACCAGCCACACCAGCACCAGACGGCCGCUGUACACAUUGCUAGCAGUUCACACGGCGGAGCUGUGCGCUUCGUGACGGAGGAUGGACGAUUUGGAACCGCCGGUCCGGAGACCUCAGCCUCGACCUUGUACUACGAAGCGCCUGUGGUGGAGGGCAGCGUCCAUGCCAACGAGUCCAAGACAUAUGCGGACCUGGGAAACGCCUAUGCCUCUUUCCCGUCCAGCUCCAGCUUCAGCAGCAACAGCUACGCGGCAGCCCUGCAGCAGACCAACACCAUCUACACUGUGCCAGGAACCGGGCAGUUCCUGACCAAGUCCGAGUCCGGACUCAACUCUCUGCGCCAGGCAGGACCGACCACCUUCCAGGCGAUAUCAUUUCCCGAUGGCGGCAAUACCAUCGAGACCCUGUGGGCGUCGCCAGCCGCACCGGAGUACCAGAACGUGCCCUUCGGUAACUUCCACCCACAGGUGAUCGACGAGUAUGCGUCCGGAAACAUGCCCAACACCCACUGGUCACCCGCCGGCGGGAUCGGCCAGUACGAUGCCAGUUUAGUGACCGCCUCGGCGACAUCGUCUCCGAACCAUGAGCUCAAAUGCGAGAACUGCCACUCGCCGUUCAUGCGCAAGGGCACCUCCGAGUACUUCUGCCCCAACUGCCCGCCAUUCAUGCGGAUGCCGCCGAGGAUGCCGCAACGGCAGGCGAAGCCCAAGGCUGCCGCCGCCCCCAACAACCGGCGCAACGGGGUGACCUGUGCCAACUGUCAGACCAACUCGACGACGCUCUGGCGUCGCAACAACGAGGGCAAUCCCGUGUGCAAUGCCUGCGGACUGUACUUCAAGCUCCACAACAUGAACCGGCCGCUUUCAAUGAAGAAGGAAGGCAUCCAGAAGCGAAAGCGCAAGCCAAAGAACAACGGAGGAGCGCCCAUGCACCGGGCCCCGCUGCCAAGCAUGGCGCAGGGUGUCAAUCUGAUGGCCAACAGUCCGCUCUAUCCGUCACAGGUGCCUAGCAUGCUAGGCGGUGGCCAGCAGAAUGCCAGUCCGGAGCUGCACGACAUGUCGGUGACGGGACCAGCUGGUGGACCCCGGGUGGUGGCCAUUCCGUUGAACUCGGCGGCACCGCCCACCUCGGAAGGAUCCCUGAACAUGUCCGCUCGCCACCACGUGACCGGUGAGAGCCACUCGCCGUACAGCCAGCAGUCGACGCCACAGAGCCAGUCACCGCAUCUGCCGAGCACGGUGACUAUAAAUCGCCAGAUAGUCCAGCCCGUAACCAGCAUCGAGAGCGGGCGCAGUGCCAACAGCGAGCUGACCCCCAGCGUGAUCACGCGCACUGGCCUGCCGGAGCGAUCUUCGAAUAAUUAAGCUAAUCUACGCCUAACUCCGUACUAAACUAAUUUAACGUAAACCUAACCAAAACUUCAAGAUUGCCAAAAUAUUUAUUUAAGCCCUAGCCCUAGAAUAUAGCGAUGUAAAGACCAAUGUCCCAGUUAAGAGGAGGAGGAGAUGUGGCCACGAGAAAGGCUUGAAAAGAUUCCUGGUUUCCCAGCCCGGCUUCCUCCUUAGUUAGUCAGCAAAUAGAUGGAAAUGAUUUGUGCCAACCACUUAGGAUCACGUCGGAUCGGAUGGGAUCGAGUACUGUAGAGGUAGCUUAGCGAAUGAAGCACGAGCCCAUAAAGAAGCCUACGAUUUUGUAUGUUUAAGCCGCUCUUUUUAUUCUACAAAAUAAAUAAGUUGUAAACGCAAGAGUCAGACGCGGGA